ACUGGAUUUGAUCUAGCUAGAAAGAGCAAAGCCAAGCCAUUGUUAUUUGAAGAAACCACUGCUCUCUGAGCUCAUUUCUACAUGACCACUGUUCCCUCCCAAGGCUCACGGAUUUCUGCUUGGGAGUAGCCCUACCUGACCUGUUCGGCACUCCAGUUGGACAAACCUCGGGAAGACCAUGGCAACCUACGCUCUUCAAAUGGCUGGCCUGGUGCUCGGUGGUGUUGGCAUGGUGGGCACAGUGGCGGUGACCAUCAUGCCUCAGUGGAGAGUGUCUGCCUUCAUUGAAAGUAACAUUGUGGUGUUUGAGAACCUGUGGGAGGGCCUGUGGAUGAACUGCAUGAGGCACGCCAAUAUCAGAAUGCAGUGCAAGGUCUACGACUCCCUGCUGGCGCUGACUCCGGACCUCCAGGCAUCCAGAGGACUCAUGUGUGCUGCCUCUGUGCUGUCCUUCUUGGCUUUCAUGACAGCCGUCCUGGGAAUGAAGUGCACAAGGUGCACCGGGGAUGAUGAGAAUGUGAAAAGCCGCAUUCUGCUGACGGCCGGGAUCAUCUUCAUCAUCACCGGCUUGGUGGUGCUAAUCCCUGUCAGCUGGGUUGCCAGUGCCAUCAUAAGAGACUUCUACAACCCGCUGGUGGAAGUAGCUCAAAAGCGUGAGCUUGGAGAAGCCCUCUACAUCGGCUGGACCACAGCACUGGUGCUGAUUGCCGGAGGAGCGCUUUUCUCUUGCGUAUUUUGUUGCACGGAGAAGAGGAGCAGUUACAGAUACUCGGUACCAUCCCAUCGCACCACUCAAAGGAGUUUCCACGCAGAAAAGAGAUCCCCGAGCAUAUACUCCAAAAGUCAGUAUGUGUAGUUGUGUGUGUGUGUUAACUGUACCUAUACAGCCAAGCAAAUCACUGAACCAGCCACUAUUUUCAAGAAAUGGAACCCACGGUGUAUCCAUUUACUUUGCUUAACUGCCUAAGUCUCAUUACAGGAAAUAUGCACCGUCUAUGAUUCUAUAAAUGAUUGUAGCAGAAUGAGGUAUUAUGCACACUGCUUCAAUUGUUCUAGAGAGCAUAGUCGUUUGUUUCCUAAAAUGGUUUGCACAGCUUCUCCUUUUAUCAGUUUCUCUAAAAAGGCACAUCUAAAGGCUGUUGGUUUAAGCUGUGAUUUCUCUGUGUCAUGGCAUUCUACCAGUAGAUUAGGGUGGCGGUUAUAUCUCACCCAAAUUGAGACAGGCUUAUGUGGUUCUAUUUAAAGUGAAAUGUCAAUCCAUUACACUGAAUAAAUACAAAUCAGCUAUUGCUUUUCAAGGGGAACUGGGGGAUGAAAGGGAAGAGGGCCUAAUUAAUUACCUAAAACCAGCUUAAGGAUUAGUGUACUCUGUUUAUAGUGAAGGUUAAAAUGGCUGUAAUCAUUGGUGUAAAGGAAACUAAGUGGCUUUCUGAUAGCCUGCUUUGCAGCCUGUAGGAGUUAGAAAUUCCAUCACCCUCAUCCUUUUGUUCCAGAGGCUAGCUUUCUGUUUUGUUUUGUUAUGGUUGGUUGGUUGGUUAUUAAGUUAAUAUCUUUUAAAAUUUAGAACAGAUAUUUUGUCUAAAUAUUUUUAUUCAAGCUACUUUUCCAAGGCUGUGCUGCAAAAAGAGACAAAACAGUGGUUAGGAAAAUUAAUUUAUUUUAACCUUUAAGAUUAGAGAAGAAUGUAUUGUUUUUCAAAUGAAGUCACAUACAUAAGGGAAUGUUCAAGGGCUAUUUGUUUAUAGCUUUGCGGAAUUUAUCAGUGUAAAUGAAGGAGAAAGAUGAUGACUGUUAAUCCAGUUUCAAAUUUUAUAUAUAUGACUGUAUUAAUAACAUGACUAUAUGUGUUAUUUGCUUUGUGUAUUUUAUAUUGAUAACUUGCAUCUUUUUGUAUCAAUAUAGUAUUCUUAUAUUUGCAUUCUUUUUAUUUCUUUGAAAAAGUUUUUAAACUUGACUUUUAAAAAUUUUUGAACAUAGAUUAUAUGUUCAUUUUUGAGUGUAGUGAAUGAUUUAAAAUCAGUUUAUCUUAAAAUGCUUAUACACAUGCACUAAUAUUUGAUGAAUAUAAUAUUUUGAUAAUAGGUUAAGUUGUACUUAGGUCCAAGGGAAUGUAUUUGUUGUAAAUAUUGUGAAUGUAAUCAUCAUGUUUUAGUUGUCCAUGUGGAUUUCAACUUCUGAGAAUUAAUACGAAUUAAAAGCAAUGUUGAAUGGUU